AUGGAACCUGGACUCCGUAAAGAAUUAUGGCCAUUUCUCUUGCGUAUAUAUCCAUGGCAAUCCACAUUAGAACAACGAGAAACAAUACGGAAUGACCUCUUUUUGGAAUACCAAAAUCUUCGCAAAAAGACGCAGGAAAGGUCAAAGUCAUCGAAGCAGCACUGGAGUACUGUCGAAAAUACUAUUCUGAAAGAUGUUGUCCGCACGGACAGAAAGAAUCCAUAUUACUCAGGGGAGAACAAUCCCAACAUCGAGACUAUGAAGAACAUACUUUUGAAUUACGCUACCGCUUAUCCUCAUGUGAAUUAUAUUCAAGGAAUGUCUGACUUGCUGGCUCCACUAUUAAGCACUAUCAGGGAUGAAGCCGAUACCUACUGGUGCUUCACAGGGCUUAUGCAGCAGACAGUAUUUUCUUCUUCUCCGAAGGGAAAUGAAGGAUUGAUGGAGAUAAAUCUGGAAUACCUACGUGAACUUCUGAAGCUUGUAGCAUUCCGCAGCUUCUAUCAAUUAAUCUCUCGGUAUGCACGCAGGAGACAAAAAAGGAGAUGCUCUUCAGCUGAUCGGGAAUUUCCUGAAGCCGAUGCACUUCAUAUCUGGGAAGCGUGCUGGGCGCAGUAUCGUACGAAUUUCUUCCAUCUGUUUGUAUGUUGUGCAAUUGUUUCUAUAUAUGGUGAUGACGUCAUUGCGCAACGGUUACCGCAUGACGAGAUCCUUCUUUAUUUCUCUUCAUUGGCAAUGCAUAUGGAUGGUAGAUUAGUUCUCAAAAAGGCACGCGGUCUACUGCACCAUUUUUCACGUCGAGAAACGAUCCCGUGCACACUGGUUGGAUUAUGCACAACUGAACUGGAGCAGUGGGAUUCACAUCGUGUAAAGCAACGGUACGAAUGUAAUAAGUCUCACGGUAAUAAACCUUGUCAUUUAAACGCAUGA